AACACUUCACAAUUAGUCACUGGAACGUUUAUUGCAAGAGUAUGAAAAGGAUAGAGGAAAAAGAUCAUAUUUCACUAGAAGAAGCUGCUGGAGAUGGGAAGCUGGUUGACGUGUCUGGUUAUUUCUUGGUUUUAUUUGAUAUUUUUAGGUGAUUUGGGUCAUUCUGUGUACCCAGAAGAACCAAACUUCAAAGCCGCUGUAGAAAAUGACUAUAAAUAUGCAGAACCGACUGUAAUGAUAGCGCUUUUGGUUAGAAACAAAGCUUAUGUUUUACCUUGGUUCUUCGGACACUUGGAAAAACUGAACUAUCCAAAGAAGAGAGUGAGCAUUUGGAUCAGAAGUGACCACAAUGAAGAUGAUACAGCUUCGAUACUCAGGAAAUGGACCGAAGCUAAUAGAGAUGUAUACCACCAUGUGGAUAUGGUGAUUGAUGAAAGUGCAAAAAAAUAUGAAGAUGCUGAGGGACCAUUGGACUGGUCAGAUGAGAGAUUUGACAGAGUUAUCACCCUUAGAGAAGAAGCCGUACAGGCUACCAGAAAAGCCUGGGCUGACUAUCUGUUUAUGCUUGAUGCUGAUAUUGUACUAGAAAAUCCAAACACACUUGCACUUCUUAUAGAUGCGAAGCAACCUAUCGUUGCUCCCAUGUUGAAUGCCAGUAUUGGAGAAACUUAUUCAAAUUUCUGGGGAGGAAUGGAUGAGACAGGAUAUUACAAACGAGUACCUAGCUAUUUUGAUAUUCUGGAGAGGAAAGUGAAGGGUAUAUUUGAAGUUCCAAUGGUACACAGUGCCCUUUUAAUAGACAUGCACCUCCUGGUGUCAGAGAAAUUGACCUACAGCAAACCUCCAGGAUAUAGUGGCCCCCAUGAUGACAUCAUCAUCUUUGCUCGCAAUGUUAGAGAUGCAGGAAUGGUGAUGCACAUUAUGAAUUCAGAGUACUUUGGAAUUGUUAUGGUUCCCUUGGAGAAACACAAUACUUUGGAACAAGAGGGCCAGCAUUUUGACUUUGUCAGACUGGAGGCAAUAGAUGCAAACUUUGUUGAUGAGGUGAAAAUAGGCCGACAAUUUCCAGUUGACAGACCAGAGCUUAUCAAGUCUCCGCAUAUUGAAGUGACUUACCCCACCCAGACAAAACUAGGAUUUGAUCAGAUCUACAUGAUCAACUUAGUAAGGCGACCCAUUAGACGUGAGAGGAUGUACAACAUAUUUAAAAUAAUUGGUAUAGAGGCCAAAACUGUGAAUGCUGUUGAUGGAAAGGCACUCAAUGAUACCUAUUUGAAAGAACUUGGAGUUCAAAUGAUGAAGGGUUAUGCAGAUCCAUAUCAUAAUAGACCUUUAACAAUGGGAGAAAUUGGAUGUUUUCUGAGCCAUUUUUUCAUUUGGGAAGAAAUUGUGAAGAAUGGCCACAAGGAGUCAAUUGUAUUUGAGGAUGAUGUCAGAUUUGGACCCUACUUCAAAACAAAGUUGAAAAAUCUUAUGAAUGAUGUGGGAAAAACUGUGAAAGAUUGGGAUCUCAUAUAUCUUGGAAGAAAACGCCUGCAUAAGGACGAGGAGAAAUUUGUGGAUGGAACGUCUUCUUUGGUGUGGCCCAGUUACUCUUACUGGACCAUAUCCUAUAUUAUAUCCCUACAGGGGGCCCAAAAACUACUUAAUCAGAAACCUCUAACCAAAAUGGUUCCAGUGGAUGAGUACCUACCAAUCAUGUUCAACAUGCAUCCACAGGAGAAGUGGGUGGCCAACUUUUCUCCCCGUAACCUGAUAACUUUGUCUGCAGAGCCUCUGUUGGUGGAGCCAACCCAUUAUACAGGGGAACCCAACUACAUCUCCGAUACCGAGGACUCCUUUGUCGUGCGGCCAGACGAGGAAGUCACACAGAGUGAUAAAUCAACAAAGGAAGAAUUGUAACAGACAUUUAAAUAGGAUUGAAAGCCGUGUGAUAUUAAGCAAUUGUAGAGGUGAUUUUCAGGAUACAAGCGUGCGUGUUUGCAAUAUUAUAAUUAUUUACAUUUGUCUUAUCUAGUCAUUGCCAUUUUGCUUUACAUUUAUCCAGUCAGCUGAAUUUAUUACUUACAUAGCAACAGCUUGUGAAACAUGAUGUCAAAUUGGAAAAUUUUCAGUCUUCCACAUAUUUUUUAUCAGCGUCUUUCCCAUGCUCAAAACGGAUAUGUUGUGUCCAAUCAAUAUCUUUAGCUUUGGCAACAGUGUAUUACUAUGGCACAUCUAGAGUGCAAUUGUAUCAGUAAAUCAUGUAUAAGUUCCAUUAUAGCUACUGCUAAUCAUAGUUGCAUAAUAUUGAUAAUUUUCUUAAGUCAUGAUGUAUUACUGUGAAGAUAAUUUGCCUGGUAGUCCAAAAAAGUCAUAUCAAUAUUUACAGUAUAGUUCUCUUUAUUUUGUAUUUAGCCUUAACAUGUAGUGCAUAUUUGUUUCACUAUCCAAAGAAAAACAGCAUUUGCAUUUACGCCAUAAGAUUUUAAUCGUGCACUAGGUACAUGUAGAGAGUAUAUUUUUCUAUGAAUGAUAGUUUGAUUUGACAUCGAUGUCAUUCAACUUUUCUAUCAUCUCUAUUUACACGAGAUAUGUUGAUGUACCAUCAUAAACAAGCAGACAUAGCUAUACUAAAGAAAAUGAUUUUUUAUACAUACAUGUAUUCCUCAAUUCUUUAACUUGGUAGGGCAGAGUAACCUUGAUAAUUUCAUUAGACAUUUUUACUCACUUUUUGGUUAUGACCGGCUGUAGAAAACCACAAGAUUUCUGCUUGUAUGAAAUACCAAACAUGAUCAAUUCUAUGGGUCAACAAUAACCACCCAAAAGACUACCCAAAGGAAAUCUGUUUAAAACACACUUUGGUAAAAUGUGAUAAAAUUGAAUAUUACAAAUUAAUAAAAUAAUAUAGUACCACAUUUUCAAGUAUGUUUUAAGGAUAAGAUUGUUUACAUGAAAUAAAGAAGGCCAAGUCUUGCAUAUGACAAGAUAUUUCUUAAUUAUGUUUUCUAUUUCCUAAUGAUUUCACAGAGGUAAAUUGACACGAAAUUUUUACACAGGUGUUUUUCUAUUGUCAAAGUACAAUGGAAAGAUGAAUCAAUUUAGAGUUGUACUUUUCCAUUUAAAAGUCUAGUUUUUGGACUCAUCUAGGUCAUAGUCGAGAGUACUUGGCUCCUUCCUACUUUACAAUAGUGUUUCAAAAUAAUGAAAUAAAUGUAUAACUGUUGAGAAUGUAAUGUACAGGGUAAUUAGCCAUCUUUGGAAUCAACAUAUAUUUCAGUUUACAGUUCUUUCUAAACUUUUUGUAUUUCAACAGGUGGAAUUACAUGUUGUAUGAAAAAUGGUCAACAGGGGAUGCUUACUCCUCCUAGACACCGAUUCCACCUCUGGUGUUUCCAGAGAUCUCGAAUUUGUAUUCUUUAUAGCUGUCGGAUUUAACAAGAUUGAUCUCUGUUCGUUACAUGUAUAUCCAUCUUUUUCAUUUACAGCUGGAACAACUGAAAUAACUUGUUUUGUGAUCAUUGUGUUCCUUUUAAUAACUCCAAAAAGAUACCCAGCAUUUACUGGCUUAUAUGUAACUAUUUUAUUUUACACUCUCUUUGCAUUACAAUCUGAAAUAGUGUCGGGUCCUACUGUCACUUUAUUUUCACUUAGUUUUUACAGUGACUACUGAAAUUGCAUAAAUCCAAUAUACAUGUGUUUUUUGUCAUUUGUGAAUGUUGAAAGUAAAUCAUAUGUAAAGUCUAUAAAAGGUGUUUUACAAUGCAAUAUUAUUGACUGAUAUGGUGCUAUAUGUUUUGAUACUAUGUAAUAUAUCGUGUAUUCGCAGGGCUUUCACUACAAUGUUAAUUAGACUGAUGUUUCAUUGGCAUUUUUGACAAUAAUUUUUACGGAUCUUGACAUGUCUUCUGUGGUCAUUUUUGUUAUAAGGACUUUUAAUUUCACUACACAUGUACAGUCUAACCAAUUAAAUAAAAAGACCAAAUUUGA